AUGGCAGAGGAGCUCAAACUCACCAUCACCACUGAAGAGCUUCUGCAAGAACCUGGCAUUCAGCCCCAUCUGUGGAUGUGGGUAAACCCCAGCCUGGUCUGCCCCAUCCCUGGGAGCCCUGGCGUAGACCCGGCCAGAUCCGACAGCCCGGUGGCCUCGUUUGCUGGUGCCACAGAAACCUCCUCUCCAAACACAUCCUGGGACUACUCCGACCGGGACGGCUCCGAGGAGGAUGCACUGUUAUCCUCCAGCGAGGCCGGAAAGCUUACUGAGGAUGAAGAUGCUUCAUGUGUGAACACCCCGGUUCCUCAGGAGAUGCCAGAAGCUCCGGAACUCAAGGCGAUGCCGACGCCUUGGAAAUCUGCGGUCCUCCGACCUCAGAGCUUGAAGCUCAAAUGCCCCAGGCAGACGAGCACCAAAAUCGAGGGAGGCUGGCCCCGUCCCCCCCUUAAUUACUGCAUCCUCAUCACCCUCGCCCUGUGCAACAGCACAAGUGGCAGUCUGACCGUACAGCAGAUCUACCAGUUCACACGGUACCCACUCUUCUCCCAGUUCCUAGUGCAGAACGAGGGGAAGCGGGACGAUGAGGGGCAGCACUUCCCAUUUUUUCAAACGGCCCCAGAGGGCUGGAAAAACACGAUCCGACACAACCUGUGCUUCAGCAGCUGCUUUGAGAAAACCACCGGCUUCGUAUGCGGUGAGGGAAACCGCAAGUCCUGCCUGUGGAAACUGACUCCAGAAGGACACAGAAAGUUUCGGGAGGAAGCACAGGUCCUGCCCAAAGAGGCUCUUGACUUGGUGCGCCAAAGCAUGAGCGAACCGGAUCUCAUGAGAUCUCUGUUUGGCCUAUGA